UGGCGGGCGGAAGCGGGCUGAGCCAGGCCCUGCUCCGCUGCCUGCGCUUCCGGGGGGCCUAGAGUCAGGCUCCAGAGUCUUCCGGUAGGCGGCGCGGGAGGAGUGACAGGCUUGAGGGGACAGGCCAGGCGGAUCCCGUUGUUCCCCAAUGUGAGCAGCGCCUGAGCCCCAGUCAGGCGAAGGCUGCUCGGAGAGGUGGAGCCGGUUGCCGGGCCGGGAACAUGAGGCAGUGUGCGCUCUUCCUGACCAGCUUGGUUCCUAUCGUGCUGGCGCCGCGACCGCCGGACGAGCCGGGCUUCGGCUCCCCUCAGCGACUCGAAAAGCUUGAUUCUCUGCUCUCAGACUACGACAUCCUCUCUUUAUCCAGCAUUCGCCAGCACUCCGUAAGGAAAAGGGAUCUGCAGGCCUCAACACACCUAGAGAUACUACUAACUUUUUCAGCCUUGAACAGGCAUUUUAAAUUAUACCUGACAUCGAGUACUGAACGCUUCUCCCAGAAUUUCAAAGUCGUGGUGGUCGAUGGGGGAGACGAAAGUGAGUACCCCGUCAAGUGGCAGGACUUCUUCAGUGGACACGUGGUUGGUGAACCUGACUCUAGGGUUCUCGCCCACGUAGGAGAUGAUGAUCUUACAGUAAGAAUCAACACAGAUGGGGCAGAAUAUAAUAUAGAGCCACUUUGGAGACUAAUUAAUGAUACUAAAGACAAAAGAGUGUUAGUUUAUAAGUCUGAAGAUAUCAAGAAUGUUUCACGUUUGCAGUCUCCAAAAGUGUGUGGUUAUAUAAAGGCGGAUAAUGAAGAGUUGCUUCCUAAAGGGCUAGUAGACAGAGAGCCGCCUGAUGAGCUUGUUCACCGGGUGAAGAGAAGAGCCGACCCUAAUCCCCUGAGGAACACGUGUAAAUUACUGGUGGUGGCAGAUCAUCGCUUUUAUAAGUACAUGGGCAGAGGGGAAGAGAGCACGACGACAAACUACCUGAUAGAGCUAAUUGACAGAGUUGAUGACAUCUAUCGGAACACUUCAUGGGACAAUGCAGGUUUUAAAGGUUAUGGAAUACAGAUAGAGCAGAUUCGCAUUCUCAAGUCUCCACAAGAGGUAAAACCUGGUGAAAGGCACUACAACAUGGCAAAAAGUUACCCAAAUGAAGAAAAGGAUGCUUGGGAUGUGAAGAUGUUGCUAGAGCAAUUUAGCUUUGAUAUAGCUGAAGAAGCAUCUAAAGUCUGCCUGGCGCAUCUUUUCACUUACCAAGAUUUUGAUAUGGGAACUCUUGGAUUAGCUUAUGUUGGUUCUCCCAGAGCAAACAGUCAUGGAGGUGUUUGUCCAAAGGCUUAUUAUAGUCCAAUUGGAAAGAAAAAUAUCUAUUUAAAUAGUGGUUUGACCAGCACAAAAAAUUAUGGUAAAACCAUCCUUACAAAGGAAGCUGACCUUGUGACAACUCAUGAAUUGGGGCACAAUUUUGGAGCAGAACACGAUCCAGAUGGUUUAGCAGAAUGCGCCCCAAACGAGGACCAGGGAGGAAAAUACGUCAUGUAUCCCAUAGCCGUGAGUGGUGAUCAUGAGAACAACAAGAUGUUUUCAAACUGCAGUAAACAGUCCAUCUAUAAGACCAUUGAAAGUAAGGCCCAGGAGUGUUUUCAAGAGCGCAGCAACAAAGUGUGUGGCAACUCCAGGGUGGAUGAGGGGGAGGAGUGCGACCCCGGCAUCAUGUACCUGAACAACGACACCUGCUGCAACAGCGACUGCACCCUGAGGCCGGGCGUCCAGUGCAGUGAUAGGAAUAGUCCUUGCUGUAAAAACUGUCAGUUCGAGACGGCCCAGAAGAAGUGCCAGGAGGCUAUUAAUGCCACUUGCAAAGGCGUGUCUUACUGCACAGGUAACAGCAGUGAGUGCCCCCCUCCGGGAAACGCCGAGGACGACACGGUGUGCCUGGACCUGGGCAGGUGCAAGGACGGCAAGUGCGUGCCCUUCUGCGAGCGGGAGCAGCGGCUGGAGUCCUGCGCGUGUAACGAAACCGACCACUCGUGCAAGGUGUGCUGCCGGGCCCCCUCAGGCCGUUGCCUGCCCUACGUGGACGCCGAACAGAAGAACUUGUUUUUGAGGAAGGGGAAGCCCUGUACAGUAGGAUUUUGUGACAUGAAUGGCAAGUGUGAGAAGCGAGUGCAGGACGUCAUCGAGCGGUUCUGGGAGUUCAUCGACAAGCUGAGCAUCAAUACUUUCGGGAAGUUCCUGGCAGACAACAUCGUGGGCUCCGUGCUGGUGUUCUCCCUGAUGCUCUGGAUCCCCGUCAGCAUCCUCGUCCACUGCGUGGAUAAGAAGCUGGAUAAGCAGUACGAAUCCCUGUCUCUGCUGCACCCCAGCAAUGUGGAGAUGCUAAGCAGCAUGGAGUCAGCAUCCGUUCGCAUCAUCAAGCCCUUUCCUGCGCCCCAGACCCCAGGCCGCCUGCAGCCCCUGCAGCCCCUGCAGCCCCUGCAGCCCGGCCCCGUGCUGCCCUCUGCGCCUUCGGUGCCUGUGGCUCCAAAACUGGACCACCAGCGGAUGGACACCAUCCAGGAGGACCCCAGCACGGACUCGCACGUGGACGAGGACGGCUUCGAGAAGGACCCUUUCCCCAACAGCAGUGCAGCCGCCAAGUCAUUUGAGGAUCUCACGGACCAUCCGGUGACGAGAAGUGAAAAGGCCUCGUCCUUUAAGCUGCAACGCCAGAGUCGCGUUGACAGCAAGGAAACGGAGUGCUAGUUCAGGGCUGCAUCCGGAGCUCUCGGACUUGGCGUGCAGGAUAUUUUUAUAGAUUUGACCUCAGAUCACUGCAGAGAUCUUGUGAAGAUUUGGGAGAAAAAAGGAAGUGACUUCCCAGCAGAUGCUGGUCAUGAGUUUGGACUUCCUCCACCUCCGUGAGACUGUGUGGGUAGCCCUUUUCCUUUGAAGAGGUAAGGUGAAUCUAGCUUACUUUGAGGCCUUCAGGUUUUAGUCUUUUGAUCUUUAAAAUGUCCCUUAACCUGUGGUGCAAAAGCAGAAACCACAGCUGGAUUAUGUUAUGACAAUUUACGUUUUUGUAAAUUACCUUUAUAUUGAGAACAGCACUGAUUGUGGAGGUGAUCAUAUUUUUAAGGCACUGUAAUGAUCCAAUGAACAUAAAGAGGCAUUUCAUCAGUUUCGUGCGAGGAUAACUGGAACACAGAAUAGAUGGAUUUCUUGCCUUCAGGUAAAGUCCGAGGGCGUAAUGUAACCAAAUCUGCUUUCUGAUGCAGAACCCGGCUCUACGUCCCUGCCAAAGGUGGGUUCAGGUUUGAGGUAUUGCCUAGAACUUAGAGCAGAAGGGAGACCACACAUCUGAAUUUAGGAAUAAACUGGGUUAAUGUUUCUUCCUGUUUCUAAAUGUUCAGAAUUUCUAAUUUCUAGAAUUAAAACAAUCUAGCUUUAUAGUAAAGAUUAUAAAUUACAGCCACAUGAAUUGACAGAAUCCUGCUAACUAACUGUUUAGGGCCAUACCUAGCUGGGCAGUUUUUCUGGGUUUUGUAAGUAUCUUCCUGUCUCUCUAUGGUUGCCACGCUCCUAAAAAACCCACCAUCCACAAAACCUCAACCCUUGAGGACAGGAGGACGGUCGCCUCUUCGCAAACACUAGUGGCCCAGAGGGUGCGUGCGGUUGGGCGCGCUUGCCAAACGAACAGGGUGCGAGGCGCUGGCUGGGGCUCUGUCCUCAGACGAUUGGUCCCUAGACCUUCUGGCUCGCGUGCUUCAGCACUGUCUGCGCUCCCUGCGUGAAGGAUAAAAACCAUCCGGCUGAGUUCUGGUUUCAAAAGCUUUUUCCCCUGCUAAGGACUGCAGUGUGCUCACCAGCCAGCACCCCUUAACAGGUAACUUGUAAGCUUCGAGGGCAAUCAACCAAUCCACCAAACCUGUGACAAAUCACUUUUUUUUUUUUCCCUAAGGACGAUUGUUACGCAGAUACCUGUUACACUAAUACUUGAACUUACACCUUGUGGUAUUUGCUGGCUUUUAACUGGGCCUAAUAUUCUCAUACUUAGUUAUACUUUUGGAAUAUGACGUAAGAUGAGUGGGGUGUGUGGGUGAAUGAGUGAAAUGGUUCUGAGCUGAAUGUAAGAAAAACGACUUUUUUAAUAUAAAAUUGUGACUUUUUAAAGAAA